AGGCCAGGCCUAGGCCCGCGCUGGGGCCAAAACCUCCGACCAAAGCUGAGGCGAAGUUUCCUCUUCCUCCUUGCGGCGCUUCUGAGGGGAAGGCCGGCUCUUGCCCUCCUCGCCUGACGGGCGAGGCUUCUUCUUCUUCCCCUCAGAAGCAGGCGCCGCCAUGGUGGAGGUGAACGUGGCCUUCCUCCGCUCCCUCAGGGGAGCCCUCAAGAUAGCGCGCAUGAUCUUAGCUUUCAUGGCAGCUAUUACUUUUGGUGUUGGUCCAUCUCAUGAAGCAUACCUAACACUUGCAAUCAUCGAACUUGUCAUCACUUUGUUAUUCUUUCUAUUAUAUCUGCUGCAUCUGCAAAGAGUGCUGUCAUUCUUAUUUUGGCCCUUGGCUGAUGCCUUCAACUCUCUGAUAGCAGCGCUGUUUCUCUUCAUCGCAGGCCUGUGUGGAGUAAUUAAAAAACCCUUUAUUGAAGAGUUAGUUGGAGGAGUGUUUUUCCUGAUCCUGUGUGCUCUUUCUAUAGCAGAUGCUGCUUUUCUCUUGAAGAAUAUGACUUUUAAUAGACAACCACCAGGAAGGGAUAUUAUUCAGAGAUAGAAGAAACAACCCAAAAUUUAAUUUAUAAUCCAUUAGGAACACCUCUUGAACUGUAAGGCCAUUUGUGUCAUAUUUUCUGUGUAUUGUUCUAAAAAGGGAAGAGCACAAUUUAGCCAGUCAAGCACUUUUAAGCCCUGUUGAUUUCAGCAGGAGAAAUGGAAGCAUAUGCUUACAUUCCAUUAACAAUCAAUGUGAUCUAAAGAUGCAUAAUUUUAGCUGGGUUGUCUCUUUAUUUUUUAAAAAGAAUUUGUAUCUAAUUUAUUCAACUGUUUGAAUGGUCUUUAAAAUGGUUUCUCUGUGUUUUAUAAAACGACAGUUGUAAAUGUUACAUUUUAAAAAAAUAUCAUAUGUAACUUUAUGAAGCUUCUGAACUUUCUGGUUUGUGUUACUAUUGUUGUUUUUAAUAAAAAGGCUUUUUCC